AUGACCAGAGCAGCGACUAGAACCGCCGCCGGUUCCGCCGCCGGGACCGUAACCCUGGUCGUGGAAGAGGGUUCUUCAUCGUCGGCGUCGUCUUCUUCUCUUCGGCCGGAAACCGUCGUGCUCCGCCUCUCCCGGCCGAAGAAGAAGGUGACUUGGAAAGAGGGCACGGUGGACAACGAGUUAUUGGGAAGGAAGAGCUCCAAGAAAUGCUGUAUCUUCCACAAGCAGAAGCCCUUCGAUGAGGACGACAGCGACGACGAUGACCAUGGCAGCGGCGGAUCGGAUGUCGGUGGUAGCGCGGAGAAGGGGCACGGUGGCGGCUGCUGCUCCUCCCACGGGGGUGGGCACUGA